UGUCCGCCAAGUUCAACUCCAGUACACAAGUUCCACAACACGCAUCUCUUCACCCAUGCUCUUCUGCUCGCCAUGAGUUCUGACAAUUCCCGUGGAGACAUUUCGAUUCCUUUGCGAAACCUUCUGAAUUCCAUAAGGUGUAUUCGGGAUCGAGUAAGAGAUGGGGAGUCCAAUGAAUCAGACAGCGAGGAGUUUGACCUCUCCAACUUCUGGGACACAAUGAACCAAGCAGUGAAGGCUGUCUCUCAGGAGGCGACCAAACUCAGCCUGGCCUUCUCCACCCCACCCCCACCCCCCCAGCAGAUGGGAAACAACUUGUCAGAGUCACUCCAGAAGAGCAUUCUGACCAUGUCCACAGUCUACUACUGGCUUCCCAAGAGUCAAGGUCUCAGUCUGAGGCGUGCGGUCCGAGACGCCAGCGUGGAGGUUCUGGAGGGCGUGGGUCAGCUGGUGGAGGUCAUCCUGGCAUCUCCACUGCAGAGUCUGUCUCAGGAGCAGUUGACCUCUACAGGGGGGGUGUGGUCUGCCUGCGACCGCUUCCCAUCACUGCCUCGAGAUAACAAGGCAGCUGUGAUGCUUGCCCUGUCUGCGCAUAUCGGAGUAGUAAAGGAUGCGAUUGAAGAGAUUGAACAGGCCCUAUUGGAGGAGGAGGACCCCUUCAGCGACCUCCUGGGGGACCUGGACGAGGAGGAAGAGCCCCGGGGAAACCAGGACACCUAUUGGUCGGAGCGGGACCGGCGUGUGAUUGGCCCGUGCCAGGGGCUGAUGAAGGCGUCUGGGGCAUGUCUCAGGAAGCUGUCAUCGGCGGUCAGAACCAAUGGAGACGCUGGAUCAGCUCAAAACCGAGCUCAGCUAGACGACCUGGAGGAGCUGAGCAAGGACGUCAGCCCCCGUAUGGACGACCUAGCACUGUGUCUUUAUCCACCAAUGGAGUACUCGGGAGUGGAAAGCAACGCAUCCAAAUUGGCAGCCUUGUUAAAGAAAAUACUCGGAGUCAUCAGGUCCAGUCAUGUGUGUGGGGAGUCUGAGCUGACAUGGGUUCAGUUCCUAGAAGCAGCUGUAGAUCAUAACCUGCAGAAGGCUAAAGACCUCAUGCAGUCUGACCCCUGAGUCCGGUGUGUGUGUGUGUGUGUGUGUGUGCGUGUGUGUGCGUGCGUGCGCGUGCGCGCGCGUGUGUGUGUGUUGGGAUGUGUCUGUGGUUGUGUUCUUGUGUCCUCAUCCGAACUUUGUCAUGAUGUAACUCAACUUGAUGGCUUGCAAUUACGAGUUUUCACAGCAAAGCCAUCGGUAAACAAACACACGUAAAAUCACUGUGCUGCUGUGCCAUAACCAGAACAGGAACAUGUCAAAUCAGUCAUGUUUGUCAGUUUGUAAGCAAAGAUGGAGAUAAUUCACGGCUUUUCUCAACUCAGAGAACUGUCAAUCAAACAUUAAAACUUUAGGUCAGUUGUUCCACCAGGUUGUUGUACUUACUUAACAUUUGUUUAUAAUGAAAUUAUUAAUAAACCAUGAAACCCG